AUGGAACUGCCUGAAUUGCCGGCUGGACGAUGCCCUGUAGAAGAUUCAUCAAGUACAGAUAAUAAUAUGCCGAUAGAAGAAGACCCACCCAUUCCCCAAGGGGAUUUGACCAAUAAGAUUGAAACAGUACAAGAUCAUCCUAUUCAUGAUCAAGAGAAGAAGCUCAAUGCUAAGGAGAAUGUAAUAUUGGAGGAAACACAGGUCACCCAAACCUCACCUCCCCUUCAACAAGGGACUAAUCAUCAAAAUGUCCCCCUGGAUGCACACCGGCACCGUUCAACUUCGCUCCCUUCGGUAAGAAAAAAAGACCGUCGUUUUAUCGAGUUGGACCUCUUUGAUGAUACUGAACAUACAUCAAGAGCAGGAGCCACUCCAUCUGCUACAAUGCCCUACAAAGUUGCUCCUGCCCUUAUGGACACUGCAAUGACUAUUUGGGAAACAUAUGGAGACAUUGGGUUCAACUGCUCCCUUCAAUCAAUACAGUUCCGCUCAGCAAUAUUCGCUCUUAUUUGCAAAGUAGUCCUUGAAAUGAACAAAGUAGGCUACAAUACCUUGGACCGUAAGACAGUGAAGAAGUGGCAAGAUGAGGUGGUGGAUGCAGAAAAGAGUGGGUGGGAGGUGGGUUGGUUGAAGGAAAGGGUAGAGGAAGUAGCCUGCAAUAUUGAUGCAGCUGAGAUACUUCUUGAGGUGAAGAAAAAGAGAGAAGUGGAGAGAGCCAAGUUGAAAGAGUAUGAUGAAGAGAUCCAACGAUACCUUGGUCUUGCAAGGAUUUUUAGCAGGAAAGCCUUUGAGCUGAAAGCAGACAAAGCACAAAACGCUAAAGCACUUGAAGGAAAGGUGCGUGUCCCUAAGAUACUUGCUAAGGCAGUCGAGACGGUAUCCUUGUGGGGAACAAAGGCUGUAGGGGAUGGCCUCUUGGAUGCCACUUCCUCCUCCCAGCCUCAAGAUGGGGCUAGUUGA